AUGUCGACGGCAUUACAGAGGACCACCUCCGCCGGCUGCGAUCACCAGAUCGACCUCAAAGGGUUUGGCCACCGCAGCAUGGCGUCAUCUCCCUCAGCCUACAACCCACAGGAGUUCUCCGCCGUUGAUCGGAAGUUCCCGGAGUCACCGGAGUUGGAGGCAGAGGAUCACGGAGAUUCGUUAUCGUCUUCAAUCACCUCUUCUAUUGGGAAAAACAGCGACGAUUCCACGGCCGGCGCCGGAGGAGAUGGGGAGGAGGUGCAGAGUGAGUAUAAGGGAGGACCACUGGAAAGCUUGGAUGCUUUGGAGGAAGUUUUACCCAUGAAAAAAAGCAUAUCCCAGUUUUACAGUGGGAAAUCAAAAUCUUUCACCAGCCUGUCGGACGCUGCAGCUUGCCCAUCCAUCGACGAAAUCACUAAACCUGAGAAUGUGUACACCAGGAAACGCAAGAACUUGAUCGCCUUCAAUAAUAUCAUGGACAAGAACCGCGAUAGCAUCAUGCGCAGCACUAAGGGUGGCAUAUCAAAAAGACCAAACAGCUGUAGAAGCAUGGUGGCGCUUGUAGCAGCUGCAAACGUCUAUGAAGCCAACUCUGCUGAGACGUCUUGCUCCUUUUCGUCUUUACAGGGCUCCAACCGACCUCCUUUGCCGCCACAUGUAAGACGAGCUUUGCAGCCUGAGCCUUUGGUACUUCCCACUGCUGAUAAGCUUUCUUCUUGUCGGUCUUUCUCCUUGUCUGAUCUCCAAGUUGCUGAUGCAGAUGAGGAUUCUAAAGCCAGUGUUGCUGGAUCAUGGAUAAAUAACGGGGACCACAAUAAUAUAAAAUGA